AUGGUCGCCUCUUCCGCCGGCACGCUGCUGCUACGCAGUCUGUUUGGUACGCCAGCCAAGGCCGGAGAUGGUACUGUCAAGCCAGCUACAGUGCCAUUGGCAGCACAUAUCUUCUCGGUAUGCAUUCCCGUAUUAGAGCGAGGGGAGACGCUGACGAUGACGACCUAGAUGUGCCUCUCACUUAUCACGCUACCCGUCCUCGGAGUCUGUCUGACCCGCCGGAUUGAGAGAAUACACAAAUGGUCGCGACUACCUGUCUCUGCUUGGUUGCUGCUGACCAUAUACGUCGACUCGUUUUUGUUCAUCUUUGCCACGGCUCUCUUCAAAGACAUCGGCACCAACAAGUCAGCCGACCUCUGCGAGGGGGCGAUCCUGCUUUGUAUGACAAGUUUUCGUCGAUCGAAGUCGUACCGCUAACGUGCUUCGCAGGCCUGGUAUGCUACAUGAGCACCAAAGUGUUGAUCUACACUUUUCUGGUUGAAAAAGCAGUAAGCCGACUUGCACCAGUUCAUAUCGCCUCCUCUGAUCAUGUUAAUAGUGGGUCGUGCGAGGACGUCUACACCGGCGCAAGGAGUCGAAGCUCUACUUGUUCAAUUGCUUUGGCAUGCUGCUACCAUAUGGAAUCUGUGUCGUGUUGAACUUCUUAUGGUCAGUCUUCUCUCGCCUCCAGAGCCGCAAACUAAUGGUAUCCCAGGCGAAUCUCGUUCAUCAACACACAUGGAACAUGCAUCAUCGGAAUCCAGAUCAAGGCGUUGAUGGCUCUGAUCGUCUUUGAGGUCAUUGUCAAUAUCUACCUGAACAUUCUGUUCAUUAUACCUCUGCGAAGUAAGUCACCAUGCCUUGACGCGUGCUGUUAUGUAUGAGCUAACGCUGUCUGCUAGAGCUUUACUCGUACCGACAUGGAAACGGCAAUAUGAGACGAUUGGCCUUCCGGGCGUUCAUCGGUAGCUGCACCACUCUGCUCUCGAGCGUCGUCAACCUUUCGGUUCUCAUGUCGGUUGGAGGUGAGCCAGGCUGGAUCUGUCUCAUGCUCUGUAAUCUUGACAGUGAGUCUCGCCCUCGUCUUGCCCUCGGCUUCUUCACUCACUCUCUUAGUCCUCUUCUGCGGUCUCGUCCUUCACUGGGUGACAGCCUUCGACUCGAACGGCAGCUUUCCUCAAGCCCAUGGCCCUAGGCCUGCAUGUUCCUGUUCUGCUCCCGGCGCCUCCAACAUGACCGGCUCCACCGCCGUCGGCGCUCUUGUCUCGAACGCCACAUGCCAAGUUCCGGAUCCCGUAUACGCUCAGCGGAAGCAACGUUGCAGCGAUGAAGAUUUUCCGGAAAGCUGUUGGAAGGCUCAUCCUUGGGAUAUGGCAGGACUCCCGCCUUCGUGCGGGGGCCCUCAGGCCGCGCAGACUGCCCCAGACGGUGCGCCCAGCAGUAGCUGCGAGACUAGUCCUGGGGGAAAGAAAGAGCAGGAGGAUUUGAGGGGAGAUAGUGUCACUGAAGUUGACGAGACAGAGAGAAUAGAGAUGGAACUCGGUGAAAGGGGGUGUACCCAUGGCGAAGGGGACAGAAUUGAGAAGUGCGAGGUCUGA